UGGGCUGUCCAGGGAAAGCCCAGAGCCUCUCCUGGUCUGUCUCCCUGGGGGACUGGGGGUGGGGUCACCUGGGACCCGGCUGUGCCCCACCUGGCUCACUCAGCCUCAGCAAGCACUGCCUCACCCUGCAGGGUCAGAGUAUUCGCUCCCAUCUCUGAGGGCCAAGCCAGGGAGAAGCCAUGACCCCCCACCACAUGAGGAAGGCUCAUAGUGACACCAAAUCAGGACCCAGACUUGGGGACAGCCUCCUGGCCUAGCCCACGGUGCCCACCUGAACCAGUGAGAACGGCAGGGCAAGGCUGAGGGGGUUAGAGGGAUGCUACCCGCCCACAAAGGGGAAGUGAGUCUCUUCUCGGGGAUCACCAGCACAGGCUGUGGGGCUCCGCAGAAGCCAGAAGGGAGGACCAGGCCCCCUCCCUGGGUGGGGCACAGCCAGAGAGAAGGCAGCUCCAGGACAUGGAGGUUUGCUGGAGAGGGCGGUGGGGCGGGCCGUGCCGGGGUCCAGAACCGGCUGCCGUGACCGCUGCCGCGCCCCUCCCCCCACAGCUGCUCCGCUGGUGACGUCCGGUGGGGGCGGGCAUGGGAAAGGGAGCCUAGCCCUUUAAGCGGCGGGCGGUCCUGCCCAAGCCGGCUGCGCCCCGGUGCGCGUCCCUGCGGAAUGCGGGCUGGUGAUGUCGCCGCAGGCAGCUCAGCCCGCGCGCGCCGCCCUCGGACCCUGGUCGGAGACGGCGGAGGGAGCGGCCCCUGCGCGGAGGGGGGCUUUGCCACCUUCUCCUCCUGCUUCCCCGGCCUCUGUGAGGGCAAGCCUGCUGCCCUGCUGCCCAUGAGCCUCUCCCAGCCCUGCCUGCCUGUGCCCAGCGUGGGCCUGACCCGCAUCCUGCCUCACCUCUACCUGGGCUCCCAGAAGGAUGUCCUGAACAAGGACCUGAUGACCCGAAACGGAAUAAGCUACGUCCUCAACGCCAGCAACUCCUGCCCCAAGCCUGACUUCAUCUGUGAGAGCCGCUUCCUGCGCAUUCCCAUCAAUGACAACUACUGUGAAAAGCUGCUGCCCUGGCUGGACAAGUCCAUCGAGUUCAUUGAUAAAGCCAAGCUGUCCAGCUGCCAAGUCAUUGUCCACUGUCUGGCCGGCAUCUCCCGCUCUGCUACCAUCGCCAUCGCUUACAUCAUGAAGACCAUGGGCAUGUCCUCCGAUGACGCCUACAGGUUCGUGAAGGACCGUCGCCCGUCCAUUUCGCCCAACUUCAAUUUCCUGGGCCAGCUGCUGGAGUACGAACGCAGCCUGAAGCUGCUGGCCGCCCUGCAGGGCGACGGGGCGUCCCACCCUGGGACCCCAGAGCCCCUCCCGGGCCCUGCCGCCCCACUGCCGCCGCUGCCACCACCUACCUCAGAGAGCGCUGCCACCGGGAGCGCAGCGGCCACCACCACCAAGGAGGGCGCACAGAUGGGGGGUGGGGAGACCCCCACCCCCGCCCCCGCCCCAGCCACCAGCGCGCUGCAGCAGGGCCUGCGUGGCCUGCACCUCUCCUCUGACCGCCUCCAGGACACCAACCGCCUCAAGCGCUCCUUCUCGCUGGACAUCAAGUCGGCCUACGCGCCGAGCCGGCAGCCCGAAGACCCCGGGCCCCCAGACCCCGGGGAGGCCUCCAAACUCUGCAAACUGGACAGCCCAUCGGGGGGCGUGCUGAGCCUGCCCUCCCCCAGCCCCGACAGCCCGGACGCGCCACCCGAGCCGCGCCCCAGGCUCCGCCGGCGGCCCCGGCCCCUAGCCGGCUCCCCGGCGCCCGGCCUCGGCCUGAACUUCGGUGACGCCGCCCGGCAGACUCCGCGGCUCGGCCUCUCGGCCCUGUCGGCACCCGGGCUGCCCGGCCCAAGCCAGCCGGCCGGCCCUGGCGGCUGGGCGCCGCCGCUCGACUCCCCGGGCACGCCGUCCCCCGACGGGCCUUGGUGCUGCAGCCCCGAGGGCGCGCAGGGCGCGGGCGGCGCGCGGUUCGCACCCUUCGGCCGGGCCAGCGGGCCGGGCGCGGGAGGCGGCGACCUGCGGCGGCGGGAGACGGCGAGGCCCGAGGCCCGGGACGCGAGGACCGGCUGGCCCGACGAGCCGGCCCCGGAGACGCAGUUCAAGCGCCGCAGCUGCCAGAUGGAGUUUGAGGAGGGCAUGGUGGAGGGGCGCGCGCGCGGCGAGGAACGGGCCGCCCUGGGCAAGCAGGCCAGCUUCUCGGGCAGUGCGGAGGUCAUCGAGGUGUCCUGACCGCGGCCGGGAGCGGCCCCUCCGCGGGGACCCGGCGCCCCAGCCCGUCCGCUGCCCUCCCUCGGCUGGGCCCGCUAUAAAUACAUAUUAUAUAUAAUGCAAUGAAAGGUAAAUGGUUUUACUGCGAUUUUUAUCGAGAAGUAAAUAUUUCAAUUUUUUAUUUA